AUGGCCACCACUCAAACACAAUCCACGUUGGAUGUUACCACAGAAGAAAUUGUUCUUCCCGAAGAUGAUGAUGAUACUAUGAAAGAAACAGGCUCCAAUAAGAUUUUGUUGGCCAAAUUGGUCCCGGCCAUUCCGCAAUCAAAAUAUGGACUUGUUGAAAUUUAUUCGACGGAUAAGGUGAUUGAAUUUGGCCGUAAAUCCCAACAUCGUUCCGAAUGUAUUGUAAAUGAUGGAAGAAUUUCUACUACUCAUUGUGUGUUGAGUAUUGAAGAUUUUCAAAUGGAAGAAUCUUUGAAAUUUUCUUUGAAAUGUAAAGAUACCAGUAUCAAUGGAUGUUUUGUGAAUGGAAAGAAAUUGGGAAAGAAUAAUGAAGUGAUUUUGAAUCAUGGAGAUGUGCUUGGACUUGUGGUGCCAUCUGUCAAUCACAAGUUGAGCUCGGAACUUCCCAUUUAUCGUGUAGAGUUGGAAAAUCAUCGUGAAGCUGCUGUUGAUACCACGAGCGCAACAUCUCAGCAUACUCAAGAGCUUGUGGUUGAUGAGGAAGAUUCAAAUGUCGCUGCAACAAUGACAAAUACUAAUGUGGCUGUAGCUUCAUCCAAAGAGGAUCUCAAUAGCAGUACUACGAAUACCACCGCUUCUGCAUCUAAUGAUGACAAUGAAAAAAAGAGAAAUCGUGACAAUUAUGAAGAUGCCCAGCCUAAAGAAACGGAAAAUGAACCAAAAAGUGAAACAAAAAAACAGAAAAAGUCUUUAACUGAGAAGGAAAAACAACUACUGGCCCUAAUGGGUGCCACCGAUAGUGACAUGGAAGAGAGUCAAGAAGAAGAGAGCGACAUGUUGAGAGAAUUAACAUGCCCAAUUUGUUCAGCCGUAUUUUACAAGCCAGUAUCUGUGAUUCCAUGUCUUCAUAAUUUUUGUUCCUCAUGUCUUUCAGCAUGGGUGGAUCCAAGUAGAAAUUUAUAUUGGGGCCAAACCCUUAAUUGCCCAACCUGUCGAGCAGAAGUGCAUGAAGUAAGGAAAAAUCCACAAAUGAACAAUUUAACAGAAUCAUUUCUCAAGAACAAUCCUAAAAAAGAUCGAUCGAAAGAAGAAAAAGAAUCUAUGGACUCGAAAGAUCGUUUCUUGGGAAAAACAGAUUUAGUUUUAUACAAAAGAAAUGGUAGUAGCAGCAAUCAUGACGAUUCAUCAGACAGCGAUGACGAAGAGCGAGAAGUUUCUGACGAUUCUUCUUCAGACGACUCUCAACCAGCGACCAUUGUUGCCCCAAGAUGUCCAGAAUGUUUACAAGCGAGCACAAUUGAUGGAUUUCAAUGUCCAGCCAAUGCUUUGCAUUGCUUGUGCUCUUUUUGUCAUUGCACAUUGCCGCAUCGAGUUCACGAUACCACUCUUUCACAAGAUCGAAGACUCACUUGUGAAUUGUGUCAUGCUGUUCAUUGUAACUUGUACAAACAAACGACCAAUACUGCAGACAUGUGCUUUAUGAACGGAAUUCACAAGCUCAAAGAGCACUCAGCUAUUAUUGCCAUUCCUCCUACGUGUCUCAGCAACAAUCAACACGAAAGAGAUAUUUUAAUUAAUUACAUUCAAAGCAAGUCCAUAUCUCCACAAGAUGUCUACAAUACUUGCAUGACCAGCUUGGAAAAUGGAACCUUUACGAAUCCAACAUACACUUCUGUUACUACUGAAACACGAGUUUGCAAACAAUGCGCAAUUAAGGUGUUUUCUGACUUGAUUUAUCAAUACAGAGCAGCGAUUCCCAACUCGGAACUACCACAAUCUGUGACGUCUCGUCCUAAUUGUUGGUAUGGUAUGGAAUGUCGAACCAUGUCCCAUAACAGAGGACAUGCACAAAGAUAUAAUCAUAUUUGCCCUAACACCUCCAAUGCAAGACGAUAA